AUGACGUCCCUCAACGUCCGCCCUCCUUACUCCGAUGCCGAGCUGCGUCAGCUCUACCCCCCGCAGGUUGAGCUACAACUAGUCCAGGUGCUCAUGCGCCAUGGCGAGCGCACCCCCGUCAACGCACGAUUUCAGAACACCGGCCUGCAUCCCUUCUGGCCCUACUGUCGUUCCGUCCGCCACCUUCGCGCCGCCCUCCUCGACCCCACCACCGACAGUUACACAGACCUGCAGUGGCGUCGACGCCUAGAGACCUUCGGCGCCAACGACGUCCCCAUCACCGCCACCGGCCCCCGCGCCGAGCUUGACGAUGUCUGUGACAUGGGCUCCCUGACCGAUCUCGGUCGUCAGACGACUUACGACCUCGGAACCCGCCUGCGAGACCUCUACGUCGACCGACUCGCCUUUCUACCGGCUACCAUCACCGACGCCGACCACCUAUACCUGCGAUCCACCCCCGUGCCCCGCGCUCUCGAGUCCCUGCAGCAAGCCUUUACCGGCCUAUACCCCCCCUCCGCCCGCGCCGCUGCCUUCCCUCCGCCCACGAUCCUCACACGCACCGCUCAAGAUGAGACGCUGUUCCCCAACGAUUCCAACUGCCGCCGCUUCGCCGCCCUCGCCCGCGCCUUUGCCCAGCGGACCGCGGACCGCUGGAACACCACGCCCGAGAUGGACUACCUCAACAAGAAGCUGGCCCAGUACAUGCCACCCGAGAGCCCACGCGUCCAGGUCGACUCCCACCCCCGCCUGUCCGGCAUCAUGGAUUCUAUUAACGCGACUCGCGCCCACGGACCUGCCACACGCCUGCCCGCCCCCUUCUACGACCCCAAGGUCAUUGAGAUCAUCGAGCGUAUCGGUGUUGAGGAGUGCUCGUCCAACCUUCCGGCUCCUCCUCCUCGCCGGGUUCCUCCAACGGCUCCGCCCCGUCAAGUUCGGCAUAAGUGGCUGCCACGACACAACCCUUGCUGCUAUCCUCACAAGUCUCGCCACAUCGCCAUCGAGCUCUUCCGCGACUCCCGCCCCAAAGAUGCUGUGCUUCCCACAACGCAAACGCCCCCGGUGGUCAAGUCUACAAACUGGUUCACAUCCCUCUUCAGCUCCGCCUCAACUCCUGGGACUCCCCCUCCGGGCAUCGGCCGCACACCGACCGAAUCCCUCACGACCGCUGAGCGCGCCAAGCUCGAUGGUACUACGUCCGCCUCCGUUAUAACGACGAGACGGCACCGUACCCGGCUGCCGCGCUCAGGGAACCAUCUCCCCGGCGACGAGACGCUCUGCACGCUGGACGCUGCGUUCAAAUCUGUCGUCGACAAGUUUACACCCAAGGACUGGAAACAAGAGUGCCGCCUCAACGCCAAGGCCAUUGUCUUUUCGGAGAAGGUCGAGCCUGCCGGAUAUUAA